GAAGUGCAGCCUGGUAGCCUGUAUUUGCGAAAGGCUCAAACUUGAAAAAGGUGCGACAGAGACACACACGGCUGUCUGCCCGCCAAUAAAUCAAACCUAGGUUCUCGCAUACCACCAGCUUCAGCCAGCAACGGUUCAAAAUGGACAAUGGAGAGGAACCCGAAGAAGAGACUGCGGAGCAGCCCGUCGAGGAACACCCAUGGCCUUAUUUAAAGAACGGUUCGAGUUUGCGGGCUGUAAGAAUAAUUCUUGGCGAAUGUUCUGCGUCUUAUGCAAACCUAAAGUCCAUGAAGUAUUGGCAUUCAAGAACUCCCCGUCAGACCUCGGGAAACACAUACAGAGAAAACAGAGAGACACCUGGAGAGGUAUACAAAGCUCACAACCCUGAAAAGGAAGCAUGACGAAGAACUUAAGGACCAAGCAGGUUAAACUUGGGGAAGGACAGUGAAGAGGACAUGGUUGAGUCCGUUGAAGCUGGUUCCUUGUUGGAGCAGGAUGAUGGGCUUGAAUACCCACUGCCAAAGCACCAUCAGUGUGCCUGUCCCCUUUUAAACCUGGUGGCGACAGUUGAUGUCAAAGCAGCGAAUGGCAACCCGGUGUACAUGAAGCUUUCUCGCUCAUGAUUCGCAAAGUGCCAGGCUCUCUGGAACAAGAGCAGCAGAUCCACCACAGCUUCAGAGAUCAUUGAGGAACACUGCAAACUCCAGCUCUUCUGGCCAUGUGCAACCAGGUGGAAUUCCUUCUUCUAUGCUAUUGAGCCGAUUGUACGAAUCAUUAAGGAACAAGCAGAAGCGGCCAUUGCAGCCGUCUGAAGAUUCCGAUGUUCACUCCUGCCGAGACUGCAUUUCUUACUGAUUACACAAAGACCAUGAGCCCAGUUGCAAAGGCAGUCAACGCUCUUCAGGGAGAGGCCAACGUGCAGCUGGGUUGGCUUUUGCCCACCAUCAUACUGCUCACGUCCAACCUCCACAACCUUCACACCACUUCGAAGUACUGUGGGCCCUUGGUGAAUGCUCUUCUAGCAGGACUUGAACGUUGCCUCGGAGAGAUGCUAGCUGAACCAGAGCUCAUUACUGCUGCGAUUCUUGUCCCCAAAUUUAGAACAUGCUGGACCAGUGAUGAAGGCAUCAUUAAAUGUGGCCUCAACUACAUCAAAACCCACCUGAAGGAGCAGAGUAGUGCAGGGCAGUCAGGUGACUCUGUGUCGGUGUCGUCGUCUGAGGAGGACUUCUUUUCGACAAUCAAGCAGACGGAUCAACAGGACGGUAACACAAAGCAACUAGAGUCCAUCCUGGCCAGUGCAACUGAUACCAUGGACAUCCUGAAAACAUUUCCAUCUGUGUGCCACCUGUCUCUCAAGCUAAACACACCACUACCUGCCUAAGCUCCCUGUGAGAGGCUCUUUAACACAGCGGGAAUGAUUUUCAGACCCAAGAGGGCUAAGCUAUGUUCCAAGAACUUUGAACAAACAAUUUUGGUACAUUUGUUUACGUAGAGAGAUGAAGAUGCAGGUCUAGUAUUUGUU